AAAAUGUGUUUUAAUUUAGCUAAACGUGGUGUAAUUAUCCGGUAAUAUGUUUAAAGGUGCAUCCACUGCCCCACGUGCUAGUGAAGAAAAGGAUGACCAAAAAGAAACCUUCUCCACAAAACCGUAUCUGGGAAAAGGAGCGACGUGAGCGUCUGAAUAAAACAUUCGAAGAUCUGCAGCGUCUUCUACCCGACCAUGAACCUGCGUCUAGCCUCAGCAAGGUGGAAAUCCUGCAGCGCGCCAUCGAGCACAUUGAUAAACUACAAAAAAAGAUUAAGGGACUGGUGGAGGCGUGCAAUGAUCCACUGAAAGAACACGUUAAAGAGCAAGAGUUACAACUCAAACGGUUGCUAGCUCGAAAUGAAGAACUGGCCAGUUUGUUGCGCAAGGCAAAAAUUUCCGUUCCACCAUGCAAGUAUACGAUAGCGGAGGAAGAAUUGCAGCGACAAAAGGAGGAGAAGGAAAAUGGCGGUCAGGAGAAGAAAUCGGCACCGAAGCAACGCCGAGCCCCGGGAAUCGUUCCCAAAAAAUCACCUGUGAUAGAAAAACAGCCUCCAGCCAGUGCAGCGAGCUCGGAAGGUUUAGAAUUAAGUGUUGUUAAAAGUAUUGCACCUACAGCUAGCAGUGCGGUGAACGUUAGUGUCCCCAGUACUGGCCUUUUCUUACCCACUGCUACCGGGGUUCCUACACUAAGACACACGAAUGGUGGUAAGUUAAAUGUCACUCCCGCUCUGCAUCCCACUCCGAUCAUGACCACAAGCGUUAUAAUAUCGAACAACGGUAAUCUCGUCCAGGUACCGAUCGUUGCACCUCCCUCAUCUCUACUGAUCGUCGGCAAUGAGGAUGUACGAUCGAAAAUUAAUUUAAAAAAUCGCCCAACCGAUUCCCACUCUGCACGGUACCGUGCUAGACGGAACAAAUUUACAAUCAAAUCAAUUGAUCUUAUACCGGGCAGGAUAGUGAAUGGGAAGAUACCGAUACCUCCUUUGAGGAGAAGCACCAGCGAAGCAGUAAAAGCUUCUAAAGCACCCCGAAUGAAGCGGAAACGAGUACUUGAAAAAUGUAAAAAACUACGCAGUAAACCAAACACACCGAAUAGCACGAAACAGAACAAACAUCCUGAUGCGUCCGUUGCAAAGCGUGCACGGUUGGAAAAACUUUCCAACGAAGAGGAGGCCCCACCAAAAGCUGGCGGCAUGCAACCACAAUCGGCUGCAAAUGCACCAGCGAUUAUUAACAGCUCAUCCAAAGAACAACAGAAAAAUGCUCAAUCAAAUGGACAGCUCAAUGAAGCAGCGCGAGAUACUCAGCUUGAUAUUAGCUUAAAUCAAACCGACCUAUCGGAAGAUAUUUUUGCAAACUUGCACGUCGGUUCGGAUGGAUCCAAUGUGCACGGAAAUAACGAGGAUGGUACACUUUCGCCGACAGCGGCUUAUUUGAUGAACUUUCCGAUUGUAGCUGGUGGUGGUAAAGCGGCUGGGAAUCAUGCAGACACCGGCGAUCCUGAUGAUUGUCACGAUUCAACAGCAGUAGAGCAUCAAACGGUGAAAUCAAACAUCACUUCUACAAACGAACCAACGAGCGGUAUGAUGUUGGAAAAUUUUUCUUCCUAUUUCAACUAUGGACAUAUCGAAACGACGGUGGGCGUUGGAGCUGUAUCAACAGUUGGACACGAUGUUGCGGGCAUGCAUUCAAUUUCUGCAUUAUCUACCAACGUAUCGAGCGUAUUAACGACAGCAUCGAGCUCAGUUACCGUCACAUCAUCAUCAACAUCCACGAAAGAGAAUAGUUUCACCAAUUAUCCUACCAUUUAUCAAUCGAUUGAUAAUAUGCUCGAUAACAGAGCAGUCGCAACAAACAGACCUUCGAUAGGUGCAACAAACACAGAUUUCCCUGGCAGUGCAACUUUCACCUUCACACUUACAUCGAGCACCUGUACCGCUCCCACAACAGCACAACCUUCAAUCGGUUCGUCCCAUUUUUACGGACCUUCCUGUGGCGCCUUGAACCCGGCAAAAGCGGUAGAUGAUUUCAGUUUACCAUUAAAACCAUCGAUAGAAUUUACGUUCUCACUUACCAGCACAACGUCCUCACAGCCAAGAAACGUCCAGAGCCAGUACACGAACAGUGCCAUGCUGGCGACAACAAUGACCACACCGUCGUACGAAACGUAUGGAUACUUUCAUAAAAAUGUGCCCAAAUCGAGCAACUAUUGUGGAUCAUUUAAUGUGCUCGAUCCGCUACUAGCCACCGAAAAACCGGCCACAAGCUUUACAUUUUGUCUCACAUCCUCAACCAAAACCGAGCCAUCGUAUGCGCAAUCAUCGAUUGUAACGGUGUCCACUAAUACUACGCAAGCAUAUGGAACGCCUCCGAAGCUUUCCACCAAGCAGCAGCACCAGCAGCAUAUCCAACAUCAGCCAACAAUUGAUAGUUUCCCUUCAAAACAGGAAUCCGCCUCAAAAUCCGAUAAGAUUUCGCAGAGGAGCAACAGAGCAAAUGGUUCUCAAGGAAUUCAUGCGAAUGGGGUGCAUCAGCCCCAGCAACUAUCAAUUCAGUCUCAACAGCAGCAAACACAAACCAAGUACGAUGUGUCGUGGAUGGCGGCAGGAGUACAAAACGCUCAAUCGUCGGUAGUUUCAACUCAGAGCAAUCAGCAACAUCCCCACCAGCAGCAUCAUCAGCAACAGCAACCGACCUAUGAUCCUGUCCCUUCGAUAGAGUUCCCAACAACGGUUGGAUAUACGGCCACAAGCAACUACAAGUCGGAUAUCUUCUUCGCACAUCCUCCGGGUGAAGAGCACAACCUAACCUGGUCAUCACCUAGCAAACUGUCCAACAUACUGAACGAUAGUUCUUCGCCCUAUUUCCCACCCGUAACACUACCUAAUCUUAAUGGAGAUUUAGCGCUCAAUACUUCUGGAGGUGCAAAUACCUUCGGUGGAGUGAAUAAUAAACCGACUACCGUUGCAAGCUGUAAGAUCGCUACCAAUCAAGGGAAGAAGUCGUACACGCAUCACAGUAGUUCUACUGUGGGGACAGUACCGCAUGAGGCUACAGCGCCCAGUGGUAGCUUCCUUUCUGUUAGUCAACUCGUCAAUGAACCCUCAAAAUCGUAUCCCAACAGUAAUGCAGCAAACAGUCAUGUUGGAAUGAGUAGUGGCGCAUGUCAACAGAAACCGGCAAAUAAUAACUAUUCUGCGGAAGCUUUGAUAGGAAACUCAUACACCGGUCAUUCGAGCUACUCAUCCGGGGGUCUUGAUAGCGGUCGCAAAGAUAAGCUGUUCGAUUAUGGUACGAGUGCGCUGGAUACCGUACCGAGUAGUACGGCUCCUUUGCUGCUUAAUUUCGAUUCGUUUGGGAACGGUUCGGGAAUGGAUUACAAUAAGGGAUAUAAUUUUGGUAAUCAACAAAACGGAUACAUAAGCUCAUCGUAUGGAGAAUCUGGAUAUAAUGGGUCCAGUAAUUGUGGAGGACCGCCUAACACUAUCACAUCAUCCAGCAUACCUUACUACGGGAAGUCAUCUGCCUCCCAAGGUUACUACAACCAAUCAAAUCCGGAAGGUUUGAUGGCGACGGACACUGGGGGGUCCGUAAAUUAUCCCGCCGCCGCAAGUCAUUCUCAAUCUAUUGCAACAGGCGUUACAAUGGUACAAGAGACGACACCCUACUAUCUGCCCUCUCUUGCAGAGAAAAAGCAACACUCUGGAGUAUCUCACGGUGGAUCGUCUUCGGAGCAGACGACUUCAAAGAGUAAAAAAAGUCACAAACAAAAUGCUGAUUAUGUCGGUAAUGUGAGUGUCGCUUCUACGAUGAGUUCUGCUACCUCCUCGUCCAGCUAUAGCUAUGCGACGUUGGGGAAUGUUUCAAAUUAUCCGGUUAUUGGAUCGUCAGGAUCGCUGGAGCAUAGUACAUCGAAUCAUCAAAUGGAUUCCUCAUCUUACCCGAACUACCACCAUCAUCACCGUCACAAUUAUCACCAGCAGCAGCAACAGCAGCAUCGACAACCAAAUCAACAGCCUAGCAAUGUAACGACCGAAUCCUUCAGUAUUACCUCCUCGGGAACUACAAGUCGCAAGCCUUCAUCUUCGUCCACUACCACUGCUUCAUACAAUUAUUCUCAAUAUUCGGCGAUAGAAAAAGUAAGUCAACAGUCUCACCACGAUGCUCACCAUCAACCCUCGUACCCAGCAACAUUUAGCGGCCAUUCCCAUCAUUUAAAUCUUUCGUCCUGCAUCAACCCGUCGCCGGUUGUUAGCUACGCGAAUGUUCAACCCACAUCGUCGACUUACGGGCAAACAACGGCAGGUACUUCUCAUCAGGGACACUACUAUCGGCAAUCGUCCCAUCAUCAUCAACAGCUUCAGAGCCAGCAAUUAUCAACUGGCACGCCAGUGGUUUCUAUUUCCAGCACUAGUAGCACCACUGCCCCGAGUAGUACCAUAACGAAUUUCAACCUGAGUACGAUAUGUCCGGAAAUUAACGAAAAAACGGGACGCUCGAGAGAUGGCCGAGCAGGAGCAUUGGGAACGGUAGCAGCAGUGACAGGAGUAUCAUCAUCCGUUCCUUCUAUAAUUGCUCAUUGGUGA